AUGGUGUCCGUCUGCCCCAUGGCGAGCGCUCGAUCGCGUUUCAUCCUCCUGCUCGUCUUCCUCGCCGCUGCCUCGUCCCCGGCCUCGGCGUGCGACCGGUGCGUGCGCCGGUCCACGGCGGCGUACCGCGCCUCCUCGCCCGCCCUCGACAAUGCCGGCUCCUGCGGGUACGGCUCCCUGGCGGCGACCUUCAACGGCGGGCUCCUCGCCGCCGCGAGCCCCGCGCUGUACAGGGGGGGCGUCGGCUGCGGCGCGUGCUACCAGGUCCGGUGCACGGACGCCGCGCUCUGCAGCGCCUCGGGCGCCACGGUGGUCGUGACGGACCAGGCGCGCGGCACGGCCACGAACCGCACCGACCUCGUGCUGGGCAGCGCGGCGUAG